AUGUCUGACACCGGAGACAACGCUGGUCAGGCCGCAGGCUCUGCUCCCCAGUUCACCGAACGCGAGAUGCAGAUGCUUGCAUGGGCUAUGCAGUCUCUUAAGUCCGGUCCCCCUGACAUUGACUACGAGAAGCUUGCUGGGUUCGCCGGCAUGUCGAACCCCCGCUCUGCUUCCAAUGCUUGGGCCAAGAUCCGCACGAAGCUGAACGCUGCCGCUCCCACGGACGGCUCAGCACCCGCUGUGACUCCCAAGAAGGGCGGUGCCAAGAAGAAGGGUGCGGCCAAGGAGGAGAAGGGUGGUGAUGCCACCGGCGCCGUCGCUGAGACUCCCAAGAAGACUCCUCGCAAGCGCACCACGAAGAAACAGGAGGUCGACGGCGAGACCUCCCCCAAGAAGAAGGGUCGCACUGCCAAGGCUAAGAAGGGUUCCGACGAUGAGAUGACCGACGUCAAUGUCGAAGCCAAGGCUGAAGGCCCAGAUGACUCCGAUCUUCAGCCCAACGGCGAGAGCAAGGCCGAUGCUGCCGCUGGAGCUGCGGAUGAGGAGGAGGUGUAGAUGCGCUCUUCAUGAGCAGACCGAGGUUGUGCUGCCCUCACCCUUCACUUGCUGCAACUUUCUUACAACAGAAGUCGUUUAGACUCAUCUUCUCACCAACUUAGUAGUCAUCUCUUGACUUUUGACGGACUGCGUUGACCGGGGAUCUGGGGCUCGAAGCGCAUGGUAUUGGCGCAUUUCUAUGGAACUCAGGUCUCUUCUCUAGAGGCGUAACGGAAUUUCCC